AUGUCGGACAUCAAGGAGCCCGGUUUCAAGACUUCCGAGAUUAUUGCGGGCCUCGCCCAGGUAUUCCAAACGUACAGCGACGAGGAGAAGAAGUCCCAGAUCAAGAAGACGAACGGUAUCUUCGAGCUACGCGUGAAGAACGCGGAGGGGAAGGAGGGUGUCUGGACAAUCGACCUCAAGAAGUCGGGCACAGUCUACAAGGGAGAGGCUAAGCCAAAGGCAGACGUUACAAUCCUCCUUUCCGACGAUACGUUCACUCAGCUAGCUGAGGGCAAGCUUGACGGCCAGAAGGCUUUCUUGACUGGCAAGCUCAAGACGAAGGGUAACAUGAUGCUGGCAACGAAACUGGACGGUGUACUAAAGAGCGCCAAGAGCAAGGCCAAACUAUGA